AAUAUUAAAUGUGAAAUUCUAGAAAGUAAAGACUUGACUCAAAUUUACUUUGAGAACUAAAUUUCAAAUACAAGUAUACAACAGAGAAAUCAAAUGCUACCGUACAUUUCAAGAAUAACAUAACAGUAAUAUCCACUGUGCUAUAUGGGUGCAGGUGCUAGUGCCGCUUCUGUACUGAACCAAGUCCUCCACCAACCAAACCUGAAACCACAACCCCACGGCGCCGCCGCCACAACCACCACCACCGCCGCCACCAGGUCAGUGAUCAGAACAAUCCUCGGCUACCUCAAAGUUGGUCGCAUCCAAAAAGCCACAUCCAUUCUCUUCGGCUACCCAGAACCCUUCCCUUACUCUCUCUACGCCCUCUUCUUCCGUCUCUGCUCCUCCCACCGCUUCAUCGUUGAGGCCCGCAAGGUUGAAUCCCACUUGUUAACCUUCUCCCCCAACCCACCCACCUUCCUCCUCAACCGCGCCAUUGAGGCCUUUGCCAAAUGCUCCUGCCUCCGCGAUGCACGGGACGUGUUCGACGAAAUGCCCCACAGAGAUGGCGGCACCUGGAACGCCAUGAUCACCGCUUAUUCUCAAUCGGGUUUCCCUCGCGAGGCUAUUUCGAUGUUCAUUUGUAUGAAUAGGUCUGGUUUGUUUGCCAAUGAGGUCACCUUUGCCGGUGUUCUUGCCUCUUGUGCUGCUGCUAAUGAGCUUCCUCUGUCCACGCAGGUUCAUGGGCAUGUCACAAAAUUUGGUUUUUCUGGGAAUGUGAUACUUGGGACUUCCCUUGUUGAUGUUUAUGGCAAAUGUGGGGUUAUGGAUGAUGCCCGCAAGAUGUUUCAUGAGAUUCCGCACCCCAAUGCUGUCACUUGGAAUGUGAUCGUGAGGCGGUAUCUUGAUGCUGGUGAUGCAAAGGAAGCUAUUUCCAUGUUCUCGCGGAUGUUCUUGUUUGCUGUUUCGCCGUUGAAUUAUACCUUCUCUAAUGCUCUUGUUGCUUGUUCCCGUGUGUGUGCAAUCGUGGAGGGGAUGCAGAUACAUGGAGUUGUUGUGAAAUCAGGACUGCAGGAGGAUAAUGUUGUUUCUAGUUCUCUGUUCAAAAUGUAUGUCAAAUGUGGUAACUCAGAGGAUGGUACUCGGGUUUUUAACCAGCUUGGUUCAAAAGAUUUGGUGUCUUGGACUUCCAUUGUGUCGGGGUAUGCAAUGAGUGGAGAAACAUGGGAGGCAAGAAAACUUUUUGAUGAGAUGCCUGAACGUAAUGUGAUCUCGUGGAAUGCUAUGUUGGAUGGAUAUAUCAAAUCCUUUGAAUGGAGCGAGGCAUUAGAUUUUGUUUAUCUGAUGCUUGGCUCAGUCAAAGAUGUGGAUCAUGUCACCCUUACUUUAAUGUUAAAGGUGUCAGUUGGCCUUUUGGAUCAUGAAAUGGGGAAACGGAUUCAUGGCUAUGUCUAUCGACGUGGUUUUCACUCGAACCUUAUGGUCAGCAAUGCCCUUCUUGACAUGUAUGGUAAAUGUGGAAACUUGAAUAGCGUGAGAGUGUUGUUUAGCCAGAUGAGUAAUUGGCGUGACAGAGUUUCUUGGAAUGCUUUAUUGGCUAGCUAUGGUAAUCAUAAUUUAAGUGAACAAGCAUUGACUAUAUUUUCAGGGAUGCAGUGGGAGACCAAACCAACUAAGUAUACAUUUGGAACCCUUUUAGAAGCAUGUGCAGAUACCUUUACUCUUCACCUAGGCAAACAAAUUCAUGGAUUCAUCAUUAGACAUGGAUAUCAAGUAGAUACUAUAGUCAGCACUGCAUUGGUUUACAUGUACUCUAAAUGCCGUUGUCUUGAGUAUGCUUUUGAGGUUCUGAAGGGGGCAGUUUCUAGGGAUGUGAUAAUUUGGAACACCAUAAUUUUGGGGUGCUGUCACAAUCAUAAGGGUAAAGAGGCACUUGCACUUUUUCUGAAAAUGGAAGAAGAAGGCGUCAAACCAGACCAUGUGACCUUUGAGGGCAUUCUGCGUGCUUGUGUUGAAGAAGGCCUUGUUGAGUUUGGCACACAAUGCUUCAAGUCAAUGAGCAAUGAAUACUAUGUCCCACCUCGGCUGGAGCAUUACGACUGCAUGAUUGAACUCUACGGCCAGAAUGGAUGCAUGGAAGAGCUGGAGAGUUUUAUAAAGACAAUGACAAUAGAUCCGACUAUUCCAAUGUUGAAAAGAGCCCUUGAUGCUUGUAAGAAAAAUGACUGCCCAAGAUUGGGAGAAUGGAUUACAGACAAAAUUAAUGAAUUUCAAUAUUAAUUGAUUUCAACUUACAGCAGGGACCUGGCCUUUUUAAUGAUGACAAUUAUAUUAAAGCUUUGAUGAGCUGCUCCAAGAAAAAUGGUAUAUGCAAUUUCAGUGAGCAGACAUAAUCUGGUUUUGCUGAAGGAAAAUGAGAUGAUUUAAAGAGUACAUGGAGAAGACUAAUUUCCCGUUACAAGAGUAUGCAAAAGAAAGUGCAAACUAUUUUUUACUUCAGAUUAAGAUUCAUGUGAGGAGAAGGAUCAUCCUUGGGAUCAGUCUGAUUCUUGUUUGUAGAAUAAGCAGAAGGAAGCUUUUUCUGAUGAAGUUAUAAUGAAUUUGGAACUGUAAAUAUUGACAAUGAUGGAAUAAUUUGCCAGAUAAUGCAAGCAUCAUGUGUCUUGGCAGUUUGGAGCUGUAAAUAUUGACAAUGAUGGAAUAAGUUGCCAGAAAAUGCAAGCAUCAUGUGUCUUGGCAGUUGGCAUGGCAAAGUAUGAUUGCUACCUGCACCAAAAUUACCCAAUGAGGGCAAUGUUUAACUAGACGCUGGGAUUUUCAUCCGAAUAUUUAAGCAGAAAGCUAAGGAAAUUUUGUUUAUUAGGAUUCUUCUGCUUGUUGAAUGGUUAAUCGCAUUUGUAAUUGUAAAUAAUUAUUCUACCCAACAUAUUCGAAUUCUCAGUUCUUCCUA